AUGUCUUCUCUCGACCUCAUCCAACAAUAUACCCAAGCAGCUAUUGCCGCUCUUCCAGAACCAGCCCAAAAUCUGCUGGGCAACAGCGUCGCGCAAAAGGCUGCUGCCAUUAUCCUCGCUCUGGGUCUUACCCGCUCGGUGAACCGCUUCUUCUCUAAGUGGACUUUGCAGAACUGGACUACCAACCAGAAAUGGGAGCCCUCGCGCGAACUUAUCCUCCUCACUGGCGGAUGUAGUGGAAUUGGCAAGCAGGUGAUGGAGGAUUUGUCGCGGACUGGUGUGCGCGUGGUCAUUCUUGAUAUUAAUAAGCCGGAUUUCAAAUUGCCGGCUAAUGUCGCCUUCUACCAGGCCAAUAUUACUUCUUCGACGGACAUUGCUGCUGUUGCGGCGACUAUUCGGAAGGAGCAUGGCGAGCCAACGGUGUUGGUUAAUAAUGCUGGAGUCGGACAUGAUGGGACUAUUCUUGAAGAGCCCGAGUCGAAGAUUCGCCAGACCUUCGAGGUCAACACUCUCUCCCAUUUCCUGAUGGUGAAGGAGUUCUUGCCGGCCAUGAUCAAAGCCAACCAUGGUCAUGUCGUGACAAUCGCCAGUAUGGCUAGCUUUGUCGCUCUCGGUGAGAUGGUCGAUUAUUGCUGCUCCAAGGCGAGUGCGCUCGCUUUCCAUGAAGGCUUGCGCCAGGAGUUGCGGUACUGGUACAAUGCGCCCAAUGUGCGCACCAGCGUUAUUCACCCCAUGUGGGUUCGCACCCCUAUGAUCAAGGUCCUGACCGACAAUGAGCGUCACUUCCGUCAGCCCAUUAUGACUCCCCAGGUGGUCUCUGCUGCUAUCUGUGGGCAGAUUCUGAACCAGCGCAGUGGACAGGUUAUCUUGCCUAGCAGUCAGUCUGCGGCUUCACUGGUGCGCGCUAUGCCCACUUGGAUGCAGGAGGGUGUGCGCGCAUUCGCGUCCGGUGCUUUGAAGAAGAUGCGCCUUGCCCAGCAGGCUGAGCAGAAUGCGCGGUAG